AGUCGUAGUAGAUCAGAGGAGCCGUGCACAUAUUUUCUACCUUUAUAAAUAGCCAUUGUGUGUAGUGAAGAGAGAGGUGCCAUAGUCUUAGCUUGCAAGUUGAUUAUAGAACUAAAAUGAGCAGCAGUAGCAGAAGGUGUGCUGUUGUGAGCGGAGCAAACAGAGGGAUAGGACAUGAAAUAUGCAGACAGCUUGCGAGUGAAGGGGUGGUGGUAGUGGCCACUGCAAGGGAUGAGAAGAGAGGGAUGGAAGCUGUGGAGAAUCUCAAACACUCAUUUGAUGAUGAACAUAUUAUUGUGUUUCACCAGCUUGAUGUUGGAGAUGGAGUUAGCAUUUCUCGUCUUGUGGAUUUCGUCACAACCAAGUUUGGGAAACUGGAUAUCCUGGUAAACAAUGCAGGGAUUGGUGGAGUUAUUCUUGAAGGAGAUAUUUCAAUUCUAAAAGAGAUGAUAGAAGGAGAUUUCUCACGAGCCAGUUCUAUAAAAGAAGAGCCAGAAACUGAGAUGAAAAGUAAUGGCGCAAUCAUUCAAACAUAUGAGUUGGCUGAAGAGUGCCUUAAUAUAAACUACGCAGGGACCAAAAGAAUGGUUGAAGCAUUUCUACCUCUUCUCCAACUUUCCCCCUCCCCUAGAAUUGUCAACGUUUCCUCCACUCUGGGGAACCUAAAGUUGCUGCCAAAUGAAUGGGCUAGAAAGGUAUUGAGCAAUAGCGAAAGCCUAUCUGAAGAAAGGGUAGACGAAGUGGUGAACGAAUUUCUCAAGGAUUGCAAGGAAGGGAUAGCAGAAGCAAAAGGUUGGGCAAGAUAUGCCCCAGCCUACAAAAUCUCCAAGGCAGCAGUGAAUGCUUACACAAGGAUUUUAGCCCAAAAAUAUCCCAAUUUUCGCAUCAAUUGUGUGUGCCCAGGCUAUGUCAAGACUGAUAUGACUAUUAAUAGUGGCAAGUUAACCCCUAUGGAGGGCGCUGAAAGCAUCGUCAAGCUAGCUCUGCUCCCCGAUGAUGGACCGUCUGGCUUAUUCUUCUCCCGGACAAAUAUUAUGGCUUUCUAGAGCUGAUAUGAUGGAUGUUUGAUAAACUAGUUUUAAUUUCUUAUUACUAGUACAAUAUAAUUAAAUAUAGAAGUGAGAUUUUCUGAAAAUAAUGUAUGUCAUAAAACAUCUAGUAUUAUUUCAAAAAUGAAAACUACUUCUUAUAUGGAAUAAUUGAUCAUCUCUUACUUUAA